GAGCAUGCGUGGUCGUUGGUAUGGUUUUCCUUUGGGUACUUUGCGUUGCCGUUUUUGUGACGAACGGGCACGCUACGCGCCGUCGUAUCGCAUCGCCGAACUUGCGAGGAACGCCGGGAAAAGGUUACCUUCUUCAGAUGUCGUUGGGAACGCCCGAACAAGACGUGUUUGUGCUGGUGGAUACUGGAAGUAGUAACUUUGCCGUUGCUGCUGCUGACGUGGAGCUAAUCACUCAAUAUUUUCAUACUAAGAGAUCAUCAACGUAUGUAAACUACAACUCAACCGUACACUCUGAAUACACAGUCGGCUCUUGGACUGGGGAACUAGCAAGUGAAGUUGUGUCAUCUCCAUGGAUACCUGGAGGACCAAUCAGGGUCGAUGUGGUAGCUAUAACUGAAUCACAUCAGGUGUUUCACAGAUAUCACCCGAUGCAAGGCAUUUUGGGACUGGCAUACAAGACAGGGGCGAAGGGUUCAGCCACUCCUGUGUUCGACUCUCUUGUGCACGAGUCAAGAGUCCCAAACAUCUUCUCAAUGCAACUGUGUGGAACCGUAAGAAACGGCACCAACUCCACGACAAACACAUCAGGAACAAUGGUUUUUGAUGGAAUCGACGACUCGUUGUACGUGCUACCGGUUGUGUACACUCCUGUCGUCGAGCAACGGUACUACGAUGUCGUCAUCACGAGAAUGAUGGUCGGACAGCGAGAGGUCAACCUACCAUGUGCAGAGUUUAAUGAUGACAAGACGGUUGUGGACAGUGGGACGGCGGGUCUACGGCUACCGCAGAACGUGUACAAUGUGGUUAUUUCUCAUAUGAAGAAUUUAUUGAACGACAUUUCGUUUGAUGAAGGUAGUUUUAAUGAUUGUUGGUCUGGAGAGACUUUGAUUUGUUGGCGAGCGGAUAGACCUCGGUUUGAGUCGUUUCCUACUCUUUCUAUUUUCUUUCUCUCUGAUGAAGGGAAUGACCGAGAGUUUAUGUUGUUGGUUAAGCCACAAAUGUAUCUCCUAGCUCAGUCAGACCCACAAAGAAUACGGUCAGAUUGUUAUGUGUUCGGCAUCAUGCCAUCGGCUUCAGGUACUGUGUUGGGUACCGUACUAAUGGAAGGCUACUACGUUAUCUUCGAUCGACUCAACUCACGAGUUGGCUUCGCACAAUCCACAUGUCCAAUCAGUGACCCGACGUUUACAAAACCCACAAUCAAGACUCCCAAACAAAGACUCACAUCUACGGACUGUAGACACACGUCAUCGUUGUCUCAGAACUUGAAGGGAGCUCCAGGGAAAGGAUAUACACUGCAGCUAGAGAUUGGUUCUCCGCCGCAGAUGCUGGACGUGUUGGUGGACACGGGAAGCAGCAACUUUGCUGUUGCGGCGGCUCCUGUGGAGUCUGUUAAGAAUUACUUUCAUAUUGACCGAUCAUCAUCAUAUCACAAUCUACACAAAACUGUCACUCUAGACUACACGAUUGGUCACUGGAGUGGCACACUAUCAAACGAAGUCAUCACAUUCUCGUCAAUACCGGGAGGUCCAAUCACAGUAGAGAUGGCAAUGAUAUUGGAGUCUGACGAAUUCUUCAAGAAUCUACCAAUGCAGGGGAUUCUUGGACUCGCCUACAAGACAUUGUCUAGGCCAGGGGGGUCAGUCACCCCCGUGUUCGAUUACCUCGUCAACGACCACAGAGUGGGAAACAUCUUCUCAAUGCAGCUUUGUGGAACCGUUGACAAGGGAACGAAUCUUGAUGUCAGCAUUGGUGGAACGAUGGUUUUCAAUGGGACUGAUCCAUCGUUGUAUGUGCCACCGAUUGUGUACACUCCAUUGGCUAAGGAAUGGUAUUAUGAUGUUUUGAUAACAAGAAUGAUGGUUGGACAGCAAGAAGUUGACAUGCCGUGUGCAGAGUUUAACAAUGACAAAACGAUCGUCGACAGUGGCACAACGAGUCUUCGUCUUCCAGUCAAAGUCUACAACACCGUCCUUUCUCUCAUCAAGAAUUACACAGGCAACUGUACUGCGGGUGUUGUCCUUGACGACAAGUUCUGGAAUGGUGGAAAUGGUUACUUGUGUUGGCCACCUCACAGUCCGGACUUCAGCAGCUUUCCUACUCUCACAGUUUUCCUGCUUUCUGAUAACGAAGACGAAGAGUUCGAACUGUUAGUCUUGCCGCAGAUGUAUCUGCAGGCGUAUCCCGAUCCGGAAAACAAGCAGAGAGAUUGUUAUAAGUUUAGCAUCAUGCCGUCGACGUCAGGCACCGUAUUGGGUGCUGUUGUAAUGGAAGGCUAUUACGUCAUCUUCGAUCGAACCAACUCACGUGUCGGAUUCGCACAGUCUACAUGCCAAAUACGUGACCCACAGUUUGCUAAGCCAUCAGUUUCUCAUCCACAAGCAAGAAGCAGUCUAACUGGCUGCAGACAUCCAUCGGACUCUUCCAUGUCAUUCGCAAUUAUUAUUACUCUCGUGGUGUCGAGCGUCGUCUUUGUCUUAUCUCUAGUGAUUGUCAUCACUGUGAGCUGCCUGUGCUGUAAGAGAAAGCGACGUCCAACACGCUACAAUGAAUUGACACAGACGGCAUCAAAAGACGAUGGAAUUGAAUAAGUUGUAGUGGAUUUGUAAAGAAUAGAGGGAAUGGCAUUGUUGUAUUUGUUUGAUAAAAUAGCUUGCUAAUUAAUUAAUUAAUUUCAAAAGUUGAAUCUCUGAUGUGGAUAUUA